UUAGAGGCGGGGCUUGCCUCCGGAAGCUGAUGGCAGUUGGAGCUCUGCUGGUAAGGCUCGAUGGCUCCUGGCAAGAGGCUGAAAAAAGAAAAAGUGGAGCUACACUGCGAGUGGGGCCCCUGCCAGUUCAGCACAGCACACAUGGAGGACUUCUGCAAGCAUGUCGAAAGACACCUGAGUGAAGCUGUGGGGGCUGACGAGGAGGAGGCUCUGGAGGAAUACAGCUGCUUGUGGCAGGAAUGUGGAUUUUGUGUGAUGGGUAACCCGGCAGAUCUGGUGCCACAUGUCUACUUUCACUGCUACCACACCAAACUGAAGCAAUGGGGACGCCAGGUUCUUCAAGGACAGGAGGAGCUGGGCUCCUGCAGCCUUGAUGUGCAGAACAGAAACAUCAUCCCUGACAUUCAAGAGAGUUUCACUUGCUUGUGGGAGCAUUGUGAGCAAGACACCUUUGAAAACCCUGAAUGGUUUUACCGUCAUGUGGACAUGCAUGGCUUAUGUGUGGAGGUGCCCUCUGGUGCCAAAGAGGAUGCAGCCUUAACCUGCGGCUGGCGGGGAUGCGAGGCUGCUUUCAGGAGCCGCUUUAAGCUCAGGGAGCAUUUGAGGAGCCACACGCAGGAGAAGGUGGUUGCCUGUCCGACUUGUGGGGGCAUGUUUGCCAACAACACGAAGUUCUUUGAUCACAUCCGACGGCAGACGUCCAUAGAGGGCCAACGCUUCCAGUGCUCCCACUGUUCUAAGCGGUUUGCCACAGAGCGUCUGCUUCGGGACCACAUGCGAAACCAUGUGAAUCAUUACAAGUGCCCACUGUGUGACAUGACUUGCCCCUCGCCCUCUUCCCUGCGGAGUCACAUCAAGUUCAGGCACAGUACAGAGCGGCCUUUCCACUGUGAAUACUGCGAGUACAGCUGUAAGAACAUGGUGGACCUCCGUAAGCACCUUGACACGCACAGCUCAGAGCCAGGGUACCAUUGUGAGUUUGCAGGCUGUGAUUUUGCUGCACGUUCCCUCUUCUCCAUCAAGACCCACUUUAAAAAGGUUCAUGAGGGAGAUCUGGUGCCACGCUAUAAGUGCCAUGUGUGUGAUAAGUGCUUCACUCGAGGAAACAACCUGACUGCGCAUCUGAGGAAACAACACCAAUUCAAGUGGCCAUCUGGACACCCCCGCUUCAGGUACAAAGAACAUGAAGAUGGUUUCAUGCGCUUGCAUCUGAUUCGCUACGAGAGCAUGGAGCUCACUGAGCAGCUGAUGCGGGAGAGAGAGCGGCUGUCUGGGAGGCCAGACGGUGAAGAUGGCUGUACGGAGUAUGUGAUGCUGGGAGCAGCCGAGGCUGAUGGGGGAGGUUUAAGAGGUAUAGUACUCGAUAAUGAAAAUCCAGCAGUGGCCAGGAGUCCAGAAGAUGAUGAGGUUCUUGCCCUCGAUCCCAUUAUUCGUGUAGAGAAUCGGACCAAUGAACACGGCGAUAGUGAAACGGUGUAUUAUGUGCUAAGCAGCUCGGGCCCUGAGGCAGCCAGCACUGCUUCAGACGUUACUGCACACAGCCUGCUGCAGCUGGACAGCGGUGUGCCAUCGGACCUGCAUCCGGGGAUGAUGAGCACAUGAGGGGAGUGUUUAUCGACGUGUGCCUGAGGACUCGCACGGACACUUGUGUUUAAAUUUAAAUAAAGUUCUAAUUGUAUGGAAA